GAUCCAUCUCUGGGCGUCGCUGCGACGUCUUUCGGCGUCAGGACAUCGUCGAGGUUGGAGACCGUGGGCAGCGCUGCUGUAGCGGCAGCCUCUGGCACGUGAAGCACCUCCGACUUAGGCGCUGGUUUUUGGGCUACGUACGGCGCGAACGAGGUACAACGUUUCGCACGUACGGGCCACUCCAGCAGCCGUUACUUGAAUUUCGGUCGGACCUCACAGCUGCGCGCUUGUAACAGAGCGCAGCCUCUGGUGACAGCUUUUGGAGAGACGCUACAGCAGCCCGUGGACACAGCCAGCAGCAACUACAGCGGGACCUACAGACGUGACUUUAUUCAACCUCUGGCACAGCAAGCAGCGGCAGCAGCCGCUGACACAGCCACCAAAGCAGCGUCUGACACAGCGACCAUAGCAGCCUCUGCUACAGCAACUACAGCAAGAACUAUAUGAGCUUCUGACACAGCAAGCGGCAAAUGCAGCCUCUUCUGAUAAAGCGACUAUAGCAGCCUUUGACACAGCGCACGCCGAUAGCAGCAUCUGACACAGCGACCGUAGCAGCAUUCUGAUACAGCAACUACUACAGCAGGAACUUCAGCAGGAACUUUUCGUGCUUCUGACACAGCAAGCGGCAACUGCAGCCUCUUCUGGCACAGCAGCCAUAGCAGCGUCUGACACAGCGACCAUAGCAGUCUCUCCUACAGAAAGCGGCUAUAGCAGCUUCUGCAGGAGCGACAACUACAGCAAGAACUUCAGCAGGAACCAUAGCAGCGUCUGACACAGUCACCAUAGCCUCCUCUGCCACAGCGAGCAGCUACACUGUCACGUGACAGCUACCUGUGAUGGUGAUGGUGGUGAUGGCGGUGGUGUGCAGUUCGCUCCGUCGUUGCUUCUAGCGCUCCUUUACUUAACCCCUCGAGCCGUGUAACCGCCAAGGCUUUCGAGAGUCGGAGUUGCGCUAACUCACCUGCGUGGCCACAUCAACCUCCUCUGCAAACCCUCUCGCCGUGCCCACAACCCGGCUCGACCCACAGGCCCGGGCGCUCAACGCGGACGAAAGAAUGCCGAGGCAGAAGCGGAGCUCGGCGGAGGCCAACAAGGAGACGCCCAAGGGCCUGCCGAAGAUGGAGGAGCGGCCGGAGGACCGGCUCAUCCGAGAGAAGCUCAAGAGCACCUGCAUGCCGUCGUGGAAGCACGAGUGGCUCGAGAAGAAGGGCAAGAGGGGGCCCAUGGUGGUGAAGCCGCCGGCUGCGUUGGAGCCGUCCAGGGGUGCCGAGGGGCGGACGGACGGCAAGGCGGAGCGAAGGAAGCGCAGCCCCUCGCCGUGCUCCACCAACGGGGCCUGCGGUGGCGGCGCCGGCGGCAGCAGCAGCCGGCCCGCACUGUCUCCUGGCGAGCGUAAGCGCCGUACGUCGCCCGCGCCGAGCGGACGGGUGACCCCUCCGCGGCGCGCCCCCUCUCCCGACGGGCUGUCCCCCUACGGCCCCGAGGAGACGCAGCGGCGAGUCAGCAUGGUGAUGCGCGCCCGCCUCUACCUGCUGCAGCAGAUCGGACCCAACUCGUUCCUCAUCGGCGGGGACUCUCCCGACAACAAAUUCCGCGUCUUCAUUGGCCCCCAGACGUGCAGCUGCGGCCGUGGCACCUUCUGCGUGCACGUGCUGUUCGUCAUGCUCCGGGUGUUCCAGGUGGAGGCCACCGACCCCAUGCUGUGGCGCAAAACACUCAAGAACUUUGAGGUUGAGAGCCUCUUCCAGAAGUACCACACGCGGCGCAGCUCGCGCAUCAAGGCGCCGUCCCGCAGCGCCAUCCAGAGGAUGGUGGGGCGCAUGAGCACCUCGCAGGCCGCCUCCUCGUCCGCCGCGGCCAACGCGCAGGUGCUGGCCGGCGCCGACGCCAGCAAGGACGAGGCGGAGGAGCAGACGUGCCCCAUCUGCCUGCUCGAGAUGCUGGACGAGGAGAGCCUCACCGUGUGCGAGGACGGCUGCCGAAACAAACUACACCACCACUGCAUGUCCAUCUGGGCAGAGGAGUGCCGCAGGAGCCGCGAGACGCUCAUCUGCCCUCUCUGCCGCUCCAAGUGGCGCUCCCACGAGUUUCACAGUUAUGAAGGCGCGAGCUCGGUCGACACCCAGCCGCAGGCCCAGGUGCAGGCGCCGCCACCGCAGUCCCCGCACGGCGCCACCGCUGCCGCCAACAACCGGCAGAUGGACAACGAGGCGGCGCUGCUCCACUACGGCGCCCAGCCCAUCCCCGUGGCGUACCGCGGCAUCGCCGAGCCCUGGAGCCAGGUGUUUGGCGUGGAGCUGGUGAGCUGCCUCUUCUCGCGCCACUGGAACAUCCGCGAGAUGGCCAUGCGCCGCCUCUCCCACGACGUCACCGGCUCGCUGCUCCUCGCCAACGGGGAACUGCGCGGCGCAGCCGCCACCGCCGCCGACGGCGGCGGCGGCGGUGGCGGCGGUGGCGCCACCGGCGGCGCCGCCGCUUCGGGUGCCGGCGGGGGAGGAGCGGGAGGAGGGGGAGCGGAGGGCGGCCCCCCCCGGGACGGGCCGUCGGACCGCUCGGCGGGGGCCGUGAUGGAGUGCUGCUGCAGCGUGCUGUCCAUGGUGUGCGCCGACCCCGUCUACAGGGUCUAUGUGGCCGCGCUGAAAACGCUGCGCGCCAUGCUGGUGUACUCCUUCUGCCAGAGCCUGGCGGAGCGAGCGCGUCUCCAGAGGCUGCUGAGGCCCGUGGUGGAGGCCCUACUGGUCAAGUGCGCCGACUCGCACAGUCGGACGAGCCAGCUGUCCAUCUCAAGCCUCCUGGAGCUCUGCAAGGGACAGGCCGGGGAGCUGGCAGUGGGCAGGGAGCUGCUCAACUCCGUGUCGCUGGGCCUCGGAGGCCUGGACUUUGUGCUCGGCUGCAUCCUGGGCGCCCAGACCUACUACGCCAACUGGCAGGCACUGCUCGGACGCCUUUGCUUCAUCGACCGCCUGCUGCUCGAGUUCCCCACCGAGUUCUACCCCCACGUGCUCGCAGAGGGCGAGGGGGGCGCAGAGGGCAUCGCCCUGGACAGGUAUGACAAGCUGCUGUCCCUGCUGAACUUCACGCUGAAGUCGCUGGACAGCUCCCACUCGGUGGUGGGCAAGGUGUCGGGCCGCGUCGUGCUGGGCGCCGCCCGCAUGGUGGCGCAGGUGCCCCACGUCUACCAGCGGCUCGUCGAGAUGCUCGGCGAGACGGGCAGCCACCCACACCAGCACCAGCACCAGCAGCAGCAGCAGCAGCAACAGGGCCAGCAGCAGCAGCAGCAGCACGUUCACUACCACCCGCAGCUCCAGCUGCAGAUGCAGCAGCCGUUCUUCCAGCUGCACAACGCGCCGCCGCACCACCACGACGCGAGCACGGCGCGCCUGCAGCGCCGGCUGCUGAGCCUGGCCGAGGAGAUGGGCGUCCUCGACUGCAUACAGGGUCGUGACGACGCGGGCGACGGGCGAUUCGAAGGCUUCGUCGAGCCGUCGGCCCCCCACAACUCCCCCGCGGGCACCGCCCGCUCCACCCCCAUCGCCUCCCUCCGCAGCGGCGGGGGGACGGCGGCGGCGGUGGGGGGCCUCCCCCCACCGCCGCCGCCUCCUCCUCCCGCGCCUUUCGCGCCGGAGGCGGGCCUCCGGGCUGCUCUUUUACGACACGGCCGUGGCCGCGGCGUCGGGCGCCGUCACCAGGAAUGCCGCGGUUGCUUCGGCUUCAUCGGCGGCGGCGGCGGCGGCGUCCGCCCCCCGGGCCUCCCCCAAAGACGGCAAAAGCGGCGAGCGCCGCGCGGGACGGGAAGCCCGGCGCGCCGGGCGCGGCGCAGGCGCCGGUCGCCAUCGGCCGCGGCCGGCGCCGACGCACCGGCCUUGGCGAGCGCCGCGGGGCAGCCGUCGUCCGUCGCGGGGGGUGGCGUCCCCAAGACUCAUCAGCCGCUCGUAGCGGCGGGAGCAGCAGGUGGCGCUAGCGCUCCGUGCGGUUACUCCGGCCAGCACGGCACAAGGACUCAACCGCAGCAGCUGCAGCAGCAGCAGCAGCACGUGGAUAGGAGCCACGGCCCCGCUCGCAAAGACGGACAGGUCUGCCUGCGCCGUGCUACCACCGGCGCCCGGCGACGCUCACUGCGGCCCUGCGUCGGCGAGAAACAAGCCGGCGGCAGUGGCGACGCCGUCAGUCAAGCACGACGGCGGCGGCGCAACGGCAGCAAGCGGCGGCGUCGUACCCGAGCCUGGUGCAGUUUGCCGAAACCGGCGGCGGCGGCGGCGGCGGCGGCGGCGGAGGAGCCGACGAGAAAGGCGCUGGCGCAGCCAGGCCGGCCGCCGACUGGCACGGUGGCUCGCAGGCGGUGGGUGAGACGAGGGGGCGGGCGCCGGGCGCUGGCAAGCAGACGGCGGCGGCGGCGGCAUCGUCGGGGUGGAAGGACGUCGGCACCGGGAGCGGCGCCGGGCGCCAGGCCCCAGCCGCCGCCCCUCGCCGUGAAGCCGCACGUGGAGCGCGGCUCCCCCGAGCGGCAGAAGAGGCCGAGUGCGUCGCAGCACCGGCAACAGCAGCCGCAGAGCCAGGGGGGCGCCAGCGGCACCGCUCACCGGGUGGCGUCGGUGGCGCCGCCCGCCGCCAAAGAGGAACGACCGGGCGAGCCGGAGGGCCACGGCAGGGACUCGCGAUCGGCGCCGGUGCUGGAGACCGCGUCCCGGCAGGCAUCCGGGCGCAAGUGCAAAGACCGCGGCGGCAAACACAGGGACCCGAAGCAGCCUGCGGGCAAGGAGCCCCGUGGCGCCGGCGUCACCGGCGCCGGUGGCGGCGUCGGUUCGUGGCUGCAGAAUGGUGUCAGCGGGACGUCGCCGGGGCAGGGACGGGUGCAGCGGAGCGACGACGACGACGGUGGGGAGCAGGAGGAGGAGGACUCUCUGCCGGAGACGGUGUGCUUGGGCGCCGGCGACGGUCGUCACGGCGUGACGUUCCACUCCGAGGUCGCCAUGACGAUGAGCCCGGACGGGGGGGCGGAGCCGGGAGACUCGUACCGCGAGGAGGUGGAACGGGACCAGCUGUGCAAGGAGAAGGUGGAGCAGGAGGAGGAGGAGGCGCUGGCGAUCGUCAUGGCCAUGUCGGCGUCGCAGGACGCGCUGCCAGUCAUCCCGCAGCUGCGGCCCGUGGGCACCCUCGACAUCAUCCUCGUGCAGACCGAGGGGAUGGAGAAGAUCCCAGGCCAUGGCAAGGCCCGGCAGCCGUACCGGGAGGGCGCCGAGUGGUUCAAGGGCCAGCAGAUCGGCAUGGGGGCCUUCUCCUCCUGCUUCCAGGCACAGGACGUUGACACCGGCACGCUCAUGGCGGUCAAACAGGUGACGUACGUGCGCAACACGGCGUCGGAGCAGGAGGAGGUGGUGCAAACGCUGCGUGAGGAGAUCCGCCUCAUGAGCCGGCUGGACCACCCCCACAUUGUGCGCAUGCUGGGUGCCACGUGCGAGAAGAGCAACUACAACCUGUUCAUCGAGUGGAUGGCCGGUGGAUCGGUGGCUCACCUGCUCAACAAGUACGGCCCCUUCAAGGAGCCCGUGCUGCUCAACUACGUGGAGCAGCUGCUGCGGGGCCUCUCCUACAUCCACGAGAACCUCAUCAUCCACCGAGACAUCAAAGGAGCCAACCUGCUGAUCGACAGCACGGGCCAGCGGCUGAGGAUUGCAGACUUUGGGGCUGCAGCCCGCCUUGCGUCCAAGGGGACGGGUGCCGGGGAGUUUCAGGGACAGCUGCUGGGCACCAUCGCCUUCAUGGCGCCAGAGGUGCUGCGUGGGCAGCAGUAUGGGCGCAGCUGCGACGUGUGGAGCGUGGGCUGCGUCGUCAUCGAGAUGUCGGGAGCCAAGCCUCCUUGGAAUGCCGAGAAGCACUCCAACCACCUGGCUCUCAUCUUCAAGAUCGCGAGCGCAUCCACGCCGCCCGCCAUCCCAGCCCACCUGUCUCCUGGCCUGCGCGACAUCGCGCUGCGCUGCCUGGAGAUCCAGCCGCUGGACCGGCCACCCACUCGGGAGCUGCUCAAGCACCCGGUCUUCCGGUCGUGGUGACCGCUCACCAGCACCAUCCUCACUCGGGCACCCGGUCUCUUCUGGACGUGGUGACCACUCGCCAUCACCAUCCUGACUUAAGCAUCUGGUCUCUUCUGGACAUGGUGACCGCUCACCAGCACCAUCCUCACUCAGGCACCCGGUCUCUUCUGGACAUGGUGACCGCUCACCAGCACCAUCCUCACUCAGGCACCCGGUCUCUUCUGGACGUGGUGACCGCUCACCAGCACCACCAGCACCAGCACCACCACCCCCCUCACUGAAGCACCCAGUCAGGCAAGGGGGGGGGGGGGGGGGUGCCCACCGUUCACCUUUGACCCCCGACACUGCCUGCCCAGCGGUCCUGCUUGCUUGGCUGCCUGCCCGUCUCAGAUGCAGGAGCCAGUGGCUUUCCCAGUACACUACCUCACACAUCUUCUCUCUGGCGGUCUCACUCUCUUUUGCCCUCAUUCGAGGACAAAAGGUGAGCGGUCCGUGUUUUUAGUGUCCUGUGAAGAGAGA